AUGUCGUCACAGCAGCCAAACACGUCAAACAGUUCGUCGUCCAAUCGCUCCACCUACCGUAGGUGUGAGAUACGCUCUGUUAUUAGGUUCCUUACUUUACGUAACGAAUCCGCGGGCAGUAUUUAUCGCCAGCUCGUGGAAACCUAUAGAUGCGAGGUGAUGACACGUCAGCAUGUUACCAAGUGGGUUAGAUUAUUUAAAGAAGGCCGUACUGACACUCACGACGAAGAAAGGUGUGUAAGACCAUCCGUAAUUUCAGAUGAGCUUCUGCAGCAGGUUGAAGAAAAAGUUCGCGAUGAUCAUCGUGUAACUCUUGAUGCCCUUAGUGAAAGUUUCCCACAUAUCUCACGAAGUCAUCUGGGUGAAAUUAUAACAGAAAAACUUGGUUAUAGGAAGUUGUGUGCAAGGUGGGUGCCAAAAAUGUUGACUCCAGAACAUCGUCAAAAUCGUGUUUUGGCUGUAUGCGAGUUUCUUGAACGGUAUGAAAGCGAGGGUGAAACAUUUCUUGACUCAAUUGUGACUAGUGACGAAACAUGGGUGUGUCACUAUACUCCCGAGUCAAAAAGGCAAUCUCAACAGUGGCGACAUACACAUUCACCAUCAAUCAAAAAAUUCAAAGUUUAA